CGGUCCAUUCUGUCAGUGCUCGGAUGAAAUGACGCUGCUAUCUGACUCAUUGGAAAUCGAAAUGGCACUCACUUUUGGUAGACCAUUGCAUCAUCUAUCAUCCAUCAUCGUAUGGAAAGCGGGAGUGAUCAGCUUCGGCGAGAGUGAUCAGCUGGACUAAAAAGGCAUUUGUUUGGCUCUUCUCCUGCCAGACCCCCAAUCACCCACUGAACGCGAUGAAGAAUUUACCGACUACACUCAUAAAUGUGGCUGUGCGUACAGAAUGAGGUUAAGACAUUGUAUUGACGUGGUGCCUAAGAUCUCUUGCCUUGCAAAUUUGACAUGAGAAAUCAUCACUCGCACAUAGACUUGCAUCAAAUGGUGAUAUCAAAGGCCCUUGCUUGCUUCGACGAGCCUCUAGUAGCACUAAUAUUUGAAUCUGACGGUUCAGAAAUUUAAAUCCAAACCCCCCAAAAAAUCCACCAUCAUCAUGUAUGCUGCAGAGUUCACCACAAAUGCUGACCAGCACUAUUGCGAGUAUGCCAACUGUUUUAGCGGUCAUCCUGGCACUGUACCUGCUAUCACCUAUAUUGAGCACAAAGAUCCGAGCAAGCCUGGUAAAUGGCUUUGUGAAAAAUGCAGCCGAUACCAGCGCUCCAAGUUCACUACCAAGAAAAUAAGUGAUGCAGUAAUUCCAAAUACCUCGAAGCAUGGUUUCGGCCAGUCCAAAUAUGAUGGUGCUGCAGUUCACAAGCAGACUGCAGAGGCGCAGCGUGGAAAAUCCCAACUUCCUGUUCGUGCAGUGGGGCUUAGUGUAUCAUGUGGGAUGCCUCCACCUGCAUUCAUCCCAGGUCCCAUUCACCCGAGGCGCGCCUCAGCAAAUCAUCAAUUUGUUCCUUUACCCAACUGGCCUGCAGCUCCUGGCCCCUCAGACAUCCGCCGUGCAAAUCCAUUAGGGCCCAACAUAUCUAUUUAUGGUCGGGAUGCUCAGUUUAUUGUGUACUCAGACCUUCUUCGAACUCUGCCACUCAAGCCUGGUUAUCAAGAUGCGCAUAAAAUUUAUGAAGAGAUGCGAGACCAGCUUGCUCGACAGGCCUAUGCUUUGAGUGUUCCCGAAGUGGUAUGCGUCAAGGCAUACCUUGCAGUGAUGAUUCCACGGGCUAAAAAACCAACUCUGAUAUCUGAUAUAGUCGAGUCGAUCAGCAACAUCCCUUACCGCAUUGGUGCCAAUGACCUUAAAACUUCGGUGUACCUCACCCUACUUCCCAUGUUCAUCAAGUGGUCCAUGGGUCUUACUUUUACGUUUGAAGAGGCACGUUUGCGUCUUGUUAGUAGUUUCGAGGAGAUUCUUCCCCGUCCAUCUGGAGAAGACAUCAAUGCCAUAGCAUCCCACUUCCUCAAGACCAGGAACACGAAGCAGCAGUUCAACGCUGGCAAGGGGAUCGAACUUCACCUCAUUAUUCCACAUACGAAGUUCCUUGCCGCUGAGCAAAGGCGAAAUGGUGAGGAAGUAGCUGAGUCCAAGUCUCGUGAUGAUACACCUCACGCAACAGCGGCAAGUUCAUCUGACAUCCAACAUCUUUCAAGUCCUGCAUUAGUACUAUCUGUGGUGUCCCCAUCAAAAAAUUUGCAAAAUGGUGCCCAAUGUUCGCCUCACCCUGUCAAGCGCAAAUUAUCAUUGCCUCCUGUCCCAUCCACGCCCCCUCGGAAGCCUCGGACUUUGGAUGCUGCAGUAUCUCCGGAUGUUAGUGCACUUCGCCGUGCACUUCAAGCACAAGCUAUUCCCAUAUCCCAACCAAACUUACCCUUUCUCACUCUUCGCACGUUCAAGGCACUACUGCGGAUAAUCCCCCCCAUAUCACUAUCUGCUCUGAUUACUGAUCCAACCACUUCUGACGUACCAAAUACUACUGCCCCCCCGAUGCAGGCUACUCUUUUUGAACAAGUCAUACGUUCAUACAUGUACAUAGAUGGUACUAAGUCUUUUCGCCAGUCUAGGACCGUGACACCACUCCCAGCGGAGUUUAAAGCUUCCGUGGGAGCGGGCUCCAUUCCAGUGGAGGAGUGUUGCUGUUGGUCAUUUUUGAGGAACCGAAUUUAG